CAUCGCCAUCGGCAACUCGUCGUAAAGGUGAAUGCACAUACAAUCUUUUGUAUGGUAGCGAAUGCACGUUUGAAUGCAUAGAAGGCUACCAAAUUCCAACUGGUGCAUCUGCCAAAGCCACGUGUGAAAAGGGGGAGAGGGAUAUCAUGAACUGGACCUCACUACCGGAUUGCGAAAGAAAAAGAUGUCCCGCUCCUUUCGCACCCGCAAAUGGAUAUGUUUCUUGUAGAAGUUCUUCUUACGAGUUUGACACCGAAUGCUAUAAUUCAUGCAAUAAAGGUUACCGACUGGAAGGCUCAUCCGUCAUAAUAUGUCAAUCGGACGAAAAAUGGUCAAACAUGACGAAGGCUGCUAGAUGCAUAGACGAUGAACCGCCGGUUAUCACGUGCACACAUCACGUGGUUUACGCUGUCAGAGGCACAUCAUACGCGUCAUUGGAUUGGACGGACCCUUUAGUUACUGACAACGUUGAUCACAAUCUGAAAGCUGUAAAGCUUUCGGACAUUAGUAAAGGAGAUGUGGUUAAGGAGGGCAUUUACAUCAUCCAAUAUCGAGUGACCGACAACGCUGGAAAUUACCAUCCGCUAUUGUCAGAAUGCCGCGUAACCGUUGAAGUUAAACUCGUAAAAUGCGCUUCCGGCCCGACGGAUAGUUUAAGCGAUGCCCGUUUCAUUAGAUACAAUUGUUCCGAUUCCAUCUUCACCAAUGGUGUGGAAUGUGAAUUGUCUUGCGAACUUAACCUUGAACUGAACGGGACAAAUACAAUGUCUUGUGAACGUAAUGGAACCUCUGGAGUUGGAGUUUGGAAAUGGAAUGGACCUGCCGAACCGCACUGCAAUAUUGUGAGUUGUCCGCCCUUGUUACCUCCUGCUAACGGCGCCAUGAUCUACGACAGCAUCAAUUCCAGACCACUUUACGUUAUGCUGUGUCAGUCUGGGUUAGACAUUCCGGUCGUUGGUCUUUACUUCACUGGUAGACUAAGCUGCCAGGACAGUGGAAAAUGGUAUCCGUUGGAUAAGUUCCCAGACUGUAUACGUUCAAUGUGGGGCGAUAUGGUUCUUCUGGCAGAGCUUAUCUAUCAAGGAAACUGUGCAGAUGAAAAAACCAAAAACGCCAUCAAGGAAGCCGUCUUAAAAUACCUCAGCGGAAUUAAAGAUGAUAUAGAAAGAUCAAUAUGCCCUGGUCGUAAUUGUAGAGUAGAAAACAUCAAUGUCGUCUGUGGAUCUAAUCAGAAACGGCGCUCUACAGUUUAUAUUCAAAGACUAGCUAAGAGACAAACUACCUACGCUCGAGUGACUUUUGACAUCGCGACACUAUUUGAUUUAUCAAACACCUCGAGUCAGGAAGCAUUUAACAUUUCGUUACCACUUUUAACUGCAAUAAAUGACAGGAUAGCUAAAGAUGUAGAAAACGGCAGCCUCGAUAUAAAUGGUUUCACGUUAGAACGGGGUGCAUACCAAAGAAGUAACAAUACACAUUUGAAAUGUCCGCUACACUAUAAGAGAGAUGGAUAUAAAUGCAAACCCUGCCCAAAAGGAACCUACAUGAACUCGACAACGGGGAACUGUGAACUUUGCAACAUUGGUGAAUACAAUGAAGAUGACGGAAAAGCACAGUGCAACCUUUGUCCUGCGAACCACAGCACUUUAAUGAAGGGCUCAACGCGUCGUGAGAACUGUACCAAACUGUGCGACCCGGGUUAUGCAUCAAGUACUACAAUGAUUCCAUGUUCGGCUUGUCCUUUGGGCACCUAUCAACCAAGUUCUGGGAAGUCAGCAUGUAUAUCUUGCCCAAAGGGACACACUACUCAAUCCACAAACAGCACAUCGGAAGACUCAUGUACACUGUUCGAUAUUCAGAUAAACAAUUUAAACGGAAGACAGAUGAUUGGUAUUGCAAAUAGUAAUAUCUCUUCUUCAAUGAUGUCACUCACUCUUUGGGCAAAAACGAAUGCUGCUUCUUCGGAGGAUCUCAUUCUAGCUGUUUAUGACGGUUUUAGUGACAUAUUAACUGUACGAAUGGGAGACAACCUAACAGUUUCGAGCGGAUCAAUAUCCCUCCACACGUCCAGAAAUCUCUCUGAAAGAAAGUGGUCAAAACUUAAUAUCGAGCUUAAUUUCUCCGCCAAUGUAUUAACGGUGAAUGUAGACGGUGAGAAGCAUGAAAGAAGGGUUGGAAUGACGUCCAGUUCACUGGUUCCAUGGCGUUUGUACAUGUCCGCAACGAAAGAGACAGGUAUAACGAUGUCGGGACUAGCUAUCAUCCCACGGUCACUUAGUGCUCUCGAAAUGUCGUCCUUUGACAGAACGUGUGUCCUGAAUUCUUCUGACGCUUUGCUUUCUAUGGAAGAUAUAGUUCGAAGUCUUGUUGAUGGGAUCGUUAUGGUUUAUCCCUCAUCAUGUGACCCCUAUGACGAGUGUUCUACAUUUCCGUGUGGCAAUCACACCUGUGUGAACGGUCUAGGGACAUUAACGUGCGUGUGCAGUGGGGGAUGGAGCGGAACGCGUUGCGAGAUUCCGCCUGACUAUUGUCUGAACCAUGACUGCAAACACGGAGUGUGCGUGCCCGGAAACGGAACAUAUUCAUGCAACUGCACAGACUUCUACACAGGAAGCGACUGCUCUAUUCCACCAGUAAACGGCAUGUGGUCUCUAUGGGCGGACUGGUCAUCAUGUGGCGUAACAUGUGGAGGUGGUAAUCAGUCACGGGAGAGACAAUGCACAAACCCGGCGCCCGGGCCAGGAGGACUAACCUGCCAGGGCCCAGAUGUUGAGACGAAAUACUGCAAUACUGAGAAAUGCCCGGAAUGCUCAAAGCUCAAACGUAGCUUUGGUACAAUAGUUAAAUGUAUCGAAUCGCCAUCAUGGGACAAUCGUUGUAAUGUUAGUUGUCUUAAUGGCACCACGUUUCCAAGCGGACAAGAACCCUUCCCCGAGUACACGUGUGGUCCCUCCACUAAUUACGAGUGGAAUCCUGACAAUGUGAUACCGGAAUGCGUAGAUUACAAUUCUCCGCUCAUGCUUGAAGCGCUAAGUACAGCGAAUUUCAAUGAUGACGUCAUUUAUUCGCGUAAGAACAAGGUUGAACAGUCUAUAUUGGACAAUUUGGCAACUCUUCCUUGCGGCAUUGCCAAUACAUGUGAAAGAAAGGUAACAGUAAGUUACAAGUCUAACGAAAGUCGGAAGCGAAGUACUGGAUCCACACUGACGAUUUCAGUUAAGAUGAAACUACCAGACUUGAAAACACUUAAUAUGGCCGAUUACACACAAAACGGAACAGUAACAACUGAUCUACAAGUGCUUCAAAAUACAUUCAAUGCAACGAUAGAUGUUCUAAAAUAUCUACAAAAUAUGACGGUCUUCAACGUUUCUGGUGAGCUUUACAGAGUAGAUCCGGCUUCCGUAAAUGCCUUCAUUGGCAUAUACUGUCAAUCUGGAUUUUCUGGAAAAGACGGAUUGUGUGUGGGGUGUCCUGCGGGUACGUAUGAGGUCAACGCAGUGUGUCGUAGUUGUGACGUUGGUUCUUACCAAUCUUUCACUGGUCAGACAAGUUGUAAACCCUGUCCGACCGGGUACACCACUGCUUCGUUAAAGGCUACAGGCGUUGACCAGUGUACUGUUGUAUCAGAGAUCACAACAGGUUAUCCCGUUACAACGGCCAAUACGACCGAUUCAGUAACGGACGACAGGAAGAAAGAAGAUCAACCAUCUGAAUCUAACACGACAGUAAUUAUCGCCUCAGUGGUACCUUCGGUGGUGUUACUCGGUGCAGUCAUUGCUCUCGCUGUUUAUUGCUGUAAACGUAGAAGAAAGAAAACAGAGAAUCCGACGUACACAGACUAUAGCACAGCAUCAGAUUGGCUACCUGACCAAUUUGUUCACGAGAUGCUUGCAACAAACUCAGUCACACAAGAAGGCCAGGUAGUGGAACGAAUCGUUAACACUACGUCUGACACACAAGCGACUUCAUCAAAAGAACAGUUAGCAAAUCAUUCCGUUUACAAUUCGUCUGACAUUUGUGCUUGAUACGAGAUGCACGUUAGCACGUGUGCUAUUAAUAUGGUAAAGCUUGAAAAGGAAUUCGAGUUUCAAUCGUUAAAAAUGAAAAUGAUCACGCGCUUGUACUACGCUAUCAUCCCUUGCAAAACUUUCUUUUAUUAUUUCUUUUAUUAAAUGUUUAACAUUAAAGCCACACACCUUGAAAUGAACUUAUUUGGCACAGUAAAUUUUAGUAUAAAUAAGAAACAUAAUUUAUCUAUGCCAAUUAGAAUGUAUAUGAUGGUAACAAGGUAGAAAUCCGUCAUUUUAGCGCUUUAAAACUCAAAAAUAAUCUAGUUCGUCGAAAUGGACGUAAACGUCCAGAAAUCCUACUUUCGGUUUUAAAAGCGUUGCAGUUAGAAAAAUAAUAAAUUACUUGCUAACUAGGCUAUAGAUUUAAUUUCAUCCAUGUCAAUUAGAAUAUAUCUGGUGGGUACAAGGUAGAAAUCCGUCUUUUUGCGCUUUAAAACUUAAAAAUAAUCGCCUUUGUCGAAAUAGACAUAUACAUGUAAAGAAAUCCUACUUUCGGUUUUAAAAGUUUGAAAAUAGUAUAUUACUUGCUAAAUAGGCUAUAGUAUUAAUUAUAAUUUUGCACACUUUCAAAUGGCAUACAUAGGUAUUGAUUUGCAUGUACUACAUUUCAAGGAGUGUGGCUUUAAGAGACAAGUUUUGAAUUGAUGUGUGGUCAAAAUUCCAAGCGUUGCAUUCAAAAUUUAUGUGAGAUAAAAGUUCAUGUUUGAUCUUAGAUUGUGUACAAGCAGCGUUUGAACUUAAACACACUACUUUAAAGUAAAAUCACAGCUUUCCUAUUUUAUUUUUGCUUCAUUUGGUGUAUAGCCAAAUCAUUAAAGUUGUGUUUUUGGCUUCUAAAGAAGUAUCCAACUAUGCACGUAAUGAUGAAACUAGUCAGCUGACAUAUAUACUUUUUGAAGCCUUAGGCUUCAUUAUUUUACUAAACUAUUUUGCCUGUUUUUAAAGAUUGAAACAAUAUAUUUCUGAAUCACGUUCUUGUAUUCUCAUGUCAAAUAAUGUGAUAAGUACACUUUGGUACUCUAACUUUUUGUUUUUUCAGUUAGACUCCAGUUAUUGUGUAAAAUUGACUGCUUAACCCUCAAUACCAUAUAUGUAGACUUCUUAAUAAUUAUUUACGGGAACAAAUGCAUCGUACAAGUCUACGAUUUAUAGACUUGUGCAAUGAUGCAUCUGUAUUGAUGUUAACUUGUAUUGUAUUUGUUAGUAUGUUUGUGUGUGUGCAUAUGCGUGAUUGUUAAAUUACACAUCAACAACACAUCACUAAACAUCACUCAAAAUUAAAUGCGUUUAUGCUGCCAGCGUAAAUAAAUAAAAUUCAAUAUUACAGUGUAAAAUACAACGCUCAAUCCCUGUAAAUAUCAUGCAUUUGAGCGUACUUUGAGAAAAUGUAAUUACAGAUGCGAUUGCUUUUACUAUUUGUUGUUGUUGUAAUUGUUGUAAUUGUAUAUUGCAUUUAUUGAUUGUACUAUUAUAUAGCACUAUUUUGUGAAAUGCUCACAUAUUUUGAUAUAUGUAAGUGAACGUAUUUGUAAAUCACCUCUGUACAGACAAUAACCACCAUCACUUGAAACCCCUUGGUAUUGUGACUUUGACGGCUCAUUCUUUAUUAUACUGAUUUAAGUUUAUCUUUUGAUCCUAUGCUAGUAUAAUGAUCUGUUUAUACACCCAACAUAACCACACGUAUCAUAAUAAUGAAACCAUACAUAUUAUCAUCCUUCACCAUUGGCUUCUUUUCCCUUCCAUCUUAUAAUCUAUCUGAUAUCUUAAUUUUCAAUUUAAAGCAGUUGUGUAGCAAUGAACGAAAUCAAAUCUUAACAACGUACCUGUCGCCAUGUGUCUUCAUUGUCAAUGGCAACAGGCGUAUUAUGUCAUCGUUUCUUGCUCAUCUUGUAUUUAUUGGAGGUUAUUAUUAUGUUGUACAUAAAACAAACACCAGGAAACGCUUUCAUUGUUGCAUAAAAAUCACCAGCUAUUUUUCAAUUUGUACUACACUUAUUAUAGGAAUGCCAAUAAUGGCUAAAUGUAACAAGCAUUUUUUCAUUACAAAUUUAUGUACAUGCAUCUAUGAACGAAGCACUGAGAAUUAAACAUCUAAGCAAACGUGUUCUGAUAGA